AAAAAAAAGAAAGAGGAAGAUAAAAAUUUGUUGCAAAAACUAAAUUUCUUCAUUAAUUUGUCCUAAUUACAUAAUUGUGCGACGAAUUCCAGUUCAGAAAAGAAUUCAUGACCAAUAUACCAGUAUAAUUGAUUACAUUACCUAGUUCGAGAAUCAAUCAGAAAUCAUGAAUCAAGCGGAGAUAACUCAUUUAAUUUCAAGACUUAAAAUCAGAAUCGCCCCUCGACAUAGAAACUUAAGGCAGCCACAGGGUCCCGAAGGUAGACUGAACAAUUUGCGCAAAAUAGUCAACGCUUUGCUUAAAUACGAAAGAUUAGAGUUGUUAUAUCCUCGCGCCGAUGAAGCUCGCGGAUACGCUGAAAGAUUGAUUUCCGAAGCCAUCAGACACGGUGAAGCGCAUAAACCGACCAUGGAAAUGGCAUCGUUUUGGUUAGAAGAAAAACAACUGGUGCAUAAAUUAUUUAAAGUUCUAGCGCCCAGAUUCAAAGACUAUCAAACUGCUUACACAGCUUUAUAUAAAGCUCCUAAGAAAUACCCGCAGGAUCUUUUGGCAUACUCUGUUUUAGAAUUAAGAGGAAACCCGUUUCCACCUUUGAUAUUCGAUGGUUCCCGUAACAAAUUCGCUCUGCAUAAUGUAUUAUUGGAUGAAGCUCGUCGAGAAUACCGUAAACAGAAAUAUGCCGAAAUCGCUGCUAAGGUUACAUCGUUGGAAAACCAAACACCGAAACAAAAAGAAAAUAGAAAAUCUAAAGACCCUGAAACUAAAUCUAAAGCUGCUCAGGAAGUUUCGGAAGCUGAAGAAUUACUGAAAUUUACCGAUGCUGAGACACAAGACGACGAUCAAAAUAAUUCGGAAUUAGAUAAACCAUUACCAGUUGCUUAGUUUAAUGUUGUUUUUUCCUACGUGCGUAGUUUGAUACGUGUUUUUAUUUUUAUUACGUUGUAAUAAUGGUAUUUUAAAUUGUCUUUUAUCGAAGAAAUAAGAAAUAGAAGAGCUGUUUUCAUGUA